CGGCGCCUGCGGCUCCAGACGCAUCGCGGCGGCUCCGGUAAAGCACCGUGAGGAGAAACAGCGGCAGAGCAGGGCUAGGGAGUGGGGAAAAGAAAGAAGAAAACCCGAGGAAAACGUCUCCAAAACUUCCAGCUCCUUCCAGCGCAGCCCCACACCGCUGAGACCCGCGCCAUGCCCAGCCACCCCGCCGGCGCCCUGCUGUUGGUGCUCGCCCUCUGCGCCCUCCUGGAAGACGGUAUGGGCCACCCUCCGCUGGAGUCCCCCCUGGCUUCGCACCCGAGGACCAAGCGAUGUUCCUGCAAUAGCUGGCUGGAUAAGGAAUGCAUCUACUUCUGUCACCUGGAUAUCAUCUGGGUCAACACACCUGGGCACACCGCUCCCUAUGGCUUGGGGAGCCCUCCGAAGCGGCGCAAGAGAGCGCUCGGCAGGUGCGAGUGCUCGCACUCGAGGGACAGCAUCUGCGCUGCCUUCUGCCAGACGAAGCCUGGGUACCUUCAGAGUCUGAAGCUCCCAGUGAGCUCUGGAGCAUCAAUGAAGUCUCUGCAGAGCAGUGGUGUGAGGCCUUCCCAUCAUGGCCUGCUAAGAGCUCUCAGGGAUCUUGCCAUCUCCAGCCUGCAGUUCAGCAAGCAUCAGCAGCGUUCCCGGAGGAGCGCACAGCCAACAGUUUUGCCUUGGAAGAAAAACAUCUGGAAGAAGAAGAGAUAAGAAACAGGUGCAUGCCAAGUUCACCAGAAGAAUAUGGGAGUCCUGUGGGUGCCGCUAACUCCGCUGUCGGUAGUUAGAGCUGAAGGAAAGGCCAUGAGUGGAAGGGGGAAGAAGUGGAAGUCUCCAUGCUCCUGUUGCGUGAACCAGUACUGAAUGCACUCCAGAGACUGUUGUAAAGGGAAAACUCUCUCUAUACAGUCAUAGAUGUGUCGUGGAGCUGAAUUGUGCCUUUUUGGAUCAGGCAAGGGUCCUGCUGGAGGACUACUAGCUUAACUCUGCACCGGAGCCUUAGGCAGAGGGUCAGCCCGUGCUGGGCAGUUGAAUCACAUAGAAACCAGGCGGUUCCGUGCACUUCUGGACCUGGCAGCACUGAGCCCAUAUCUCUGUCCUGCUCUGCUCUGCCUUUGAGCCAUGUCCAGGCAUGGUCCCAGCUUGGCCCCAGUCAGAGGUGGUUUGGCUGGUCAUUGUAGAUGGGGAUAAGCUACCUCCAGUGCGAGCCCACCUUUGCACUUUCUUCUCUUACUUGCCAGGCAGUGCGAUGUGCAUGUGAAUGAGACUCCCAUGGUAAAUCAGCUCCCAGUUUUAAUUAAAACAAGUGUACCAUCUAGAAGCCUGAAAGCCAACUGAGCAGUCAGUGGCGUUCCUUGGCUGAGGAAUUCACUGAAGGUCCGUCCUUAAGUGGCUCCUCUUUAGGUGGAGGAUAGUUUGCUUACACUGGAGCUUGCAUCAAAUCCAAGCAUGACCCCUGCCACCCAGCACAGCAGCAGCAGGGGGGAGGCUGAAGCAGAGCUGCAUUUCUGCAGGAUCCCCAUGCAUGUAAUCUGGGGGAGGGAGCCCCACUGGGUCUGAGCAGGUCUGGAUGAGUUCCCUGUCUCAUCGCCUUGGACAUACCCUUAGCAGGGUAAAGUCCACCUUUUAACCCAACAUCCCAGCUUUCUCUCAGCUCUGCCUGGAAGGAAAGGCUAGGGGCAGAGAAGAUGGGGGGGGGGGGGGGGGGGGAAUAGCACACAAAGGCUUGCUUGCUUCUUUGCUUAGAUCAGGUCUUGGAGUCAGACUAUGUAAUUAAUGACCAGUGUAUGGGUAGCAUGUCACUAUGAGAAGUGUAACCUGAACAGAAUGCAUUAGGCAAGAGGCAGCCAGGUGGGAUUGAUGUGGAGGAAAGGACUGGGAAGAGAGCACAGCACUGUCUGCACAGCUUUAGAAGAAAGGCUGGGAUUUAAGCCCAUGCCAGAGUUACAGCUGCUUCCCAGGCCAUGGAGCAGCAGUGAGCUGCAGGCCCAAAGGGAAGUAAUAAUUUGGAAUAAGCACUAAGCCCAGGACCUAGGAGCUGAUCUUAUAGGCAAACCCAUCUAAGGCUCUGGAGCUGUACCGUGAAUGCACUUUUGUUUGCCUGGGCAGAUUAACUUGUAUUAUAAAUUGUGGCUGCAGAUCCAGCUAGUGCAGGGAAAUAAUUGCUCUCCUGGAACUACUGUUGGGUCCCCCUUGCUGCCCAAUCCAGUAUUACACAAGCCUUUUAAAAGGCUGCUUAAAGUUGGUGGCUGGACCGAAAUACGUGGCUGUUGCAAGUAUAGUCCCAUUGGACAUACAAAAUACACCUUUGAUUUUUGCUUUAAGCCCUAGAGGAGGUAAAAAUGAGACCAACUGAUUGUAUUGUAAACGACAGAGCAGACAUCAUUUGGUCCCCAAAGCUGCAGAGCAUCUUUUCUAUAUUUGACUUUCUGCAGGUUUGAGUCAUUCUACAAAAAGAAUAAUCCUUAAAGGGUUUGUUCCAAAGGAAACUUUGCACAUGGUUUAAUGUGAGCCUAGUAAUUUAAAAUGAAACUACUGCUGUAAAGUACUAUGUAUAUCUCCUUGUGUGUGUAACAUCUCAUCUUUAGGUGACUGAUUGCACACAUGCCGUAUGUAGCAUCCUGAAAUCUGUGUAUUUAUUUAAAUCUAUUGAUUUCUUUUUUUUCAGACAGUAAUUUGCAAAAUAUAAUUUGUAAUAAAUAAUGACAAAAGCCAA